CCCAGCGGCACCAUGGCGGUGCCGGGCGGAGGUGCGAAGGAGGACUCGUUCAACGUGCUGGACCUGGCAGAGUACACCAAGAACCGGCCUUGGUGGCGCAAGAUCUUCGCCCCCAGCUCAGGGUCGAGCGCUGAGAAAUACAACGUGGCCACGCAGCUGGUGAUCGGAGGGGUCACGGGAUGGUGUACCGGAUUCAUCUUCCAAAAAGUUGGAAAGCUGGCAGCAACAGCAGUGGGAGGUGGCUUUUUCCUACUUCAGAUUGCAAACCACACAGGGUACAUCAAAGUGGACUGGAAGCUCGUGGAGCGGGACGUGAACAAAGCCAAGCAGCAGCUGAAAUUUCAUAGCAGUGGUAACAAAAUGUCUCCAGAAGUGAAAAGCAGAGUGGAUGAGGUGAUCAUAUUUCUGAAGAAGAACGUUAUCCUGACUGGAGGAUUUGCUGGAGGAUUCAUGCUUGGAAUGGCAUCCUAGAAACUGCACUCAACUUUCAUGCCCAGCCUCCCCUGCCCUCCUCCUCUACUGCUCUUCUCUCUCACUUAGAAGUAAAAGGGUGUCUCUGACAGGCUCAGUUCCUUCUGCUCACAGGUUCCAGCCCUUUUUUCUUUACAGUGCUGCUUCUGAUUUCCAACAUUUUCCUCUCUCUGAGCUGCUGGAGUGCUGGGAUCUGUCUGGAAGCUUAUUACUCCCAGUGUAUUAUUGUGACUCUUUUCCCAACCAAGUAUGGGGAGUUGCAGCCUCAUAAAUAUGUAGUGGCAGGGACAUCUCUUGAAUAUGUUCUUCCCAGGUGCUCAAGGCACUUAUAUGGACAUUUGUAUGCCACUCCACGGUGUACAACAGUUGUCAGCUGCUCACUGCUAUUUAGCUUGCACUUUUUCUGCUCCUGUGCUUCCCUCUUCACAGAGAUGUUACGUGCAACCCAAAAUGUGCUUGGCUGUCCUAAGGUGGAUGCAGAAGUGUCAGGGGACAGUCUGAGUUGUGUCCAGAGCAGGUGGAUAAAGAGCAAGUUCAUGCUAUAUGUGGUGCUGGGGGUUCUCCUGCCCUCUUCCUGCCAUUGCACUGCACAUAGAUGGCUGUUUGGCUUCUCCUCUGCUGUUAUUUAUACUCCUUACUGGAACUGCAGCACUGCUGAUGGAAACUGAGCACCAUGAGUGACACUUCAGGCCCUUUCCUCAUCCUGUGUUCUGAAAGUCACCGAAGCUUCCUGCACUGUAGAGCACCUUUCUUGCUUGCUAGCUGACUGCCCAGCCCUUCCAGUGUGCUGAGGGGCUCUUUUGGUGGGCAGCCUUCCAGCACGCUUGGCCUGUCUGUGCCAGGCUAGCUGGCACAAGCUCUGCCACUUACUGUAAACCACCCUGGGCCUCAGACUGGUGUUUAUAGAUCUACUCUAUGACCUUCUCUGACCAGUUUGGUGUUGGUGAUGUUUUAGAGCUGUAACUAUGUGGGUUGUAAUCAGGAAACCCCUCUUUAGGGUACGCUGUACUGGUCCAGGCUCUCUGUUGCCAGCUCUACUGGAGUGGCAGUGGGAGAGGAUGUGAAACCUGGAGUGCUGUCCUUUACCCUCCUGCAGGUGAUGAGGCAGUCCAGAUACAGACCUCAGCUGGUUUUGGACAGUGCAGCUGUGUGCAGAGCAAAUGAUAAAUCCCUUAGAGGUGUUGUGCACUGGCUGUGCUGUGCUGGCAUUCCAGCUUCCCAGAGUGUGGGUGCUUGCAUGAUGGCAUGGUGAUGUCCUCCAGCAGGUACAUGCAGGAACUUUACCAAGAAUGUUUUGGGUGUUUUGUUUUGUUUUAUCUGAAAGCUCAUCCUUCAGUGGUAAACAUGCUAGGGAAUGAUGUUGCACAUGGGUGAUGGGGAUGCAGCACCUGGCUCAGGGCUGCACCCUGUCUCCGGUGCCAUGCAGUGCUUUCUGAUCUGCUGCUUCUGCUGCUCUUGGUAAGGCUAGAAACAGGAAACUUCCCCCAAGAGCUGCAGGAAGAGCUGGGACUGGGGAUUAUUCCACCAGAGGUUGAGUUGUUGUUUUGUUCCAGUUCUGUUGACUGAAGUGUCAGUGUAACAACACAUUGGCUUAGCUGAGGUUUUCUCACCAGGAUUUCAGAAGAGGCUGCAGGUGAUCAUGAGACAGAAGUUAGUAUCUUUGCUCCUGUCCUGCUGUACAUGGCCAAGGAGAGCAAAGGAGCAGCUGAGCUCAUGGUCCUUUUAAUCAUGGUCUUGCUAAAAGGACCACAGGAAUGAUGUUGCAGCAAAUAGGUCUAAAGUAAAUGAGUGUUUGGGAGUGGAGUGACAGAUGACGGUGGUGGGUUUGUUCUUUUUGUGGGUUUUGAACCCUGCAGGGCUGAAUGUGCAUAAAUUGCUGCAUUUGUACUGCAGGGUAUUUCAUGUUCCUGUAGGAAAACAGCAUUGCUGCCUCUCUGCCUGGUGUGCUGCGUAACACAACUUCUUCUGAGAUGCACUAAUCCCUACAAAGCCUUCUCCAAUGCUAAAGCUCAAAGAAAGUCAUUAACAGACACUAGGGAUGUUUUUUUUUGGGCUCAAAUAAAUCACUUUUUCUGCCCAGCCCCAGGGAAAUGCAUACUGGGUUCUGCUCCACAGCGUCCCGACUUGCUGCUAUGGAGAGGAAUGGCCCAGAGAGGGAGCUAAGACACCUCAAUUGCUGCUGGAAAGAGAAACAAAUGACAAAUUCAUGUUGUUUGAUGGGACUGCAGGCAGGGAAUGGACAAGGACAUCAGGAUCUGGCAAAUCUUUCUGCUGUGCCAGUGUCAGGCUCAUGGCUGGCACCAUUUGAUGCCGUGGGCCCAUACUGGAAGCUUCGAUGCUGAAUCCACCUCUGUGGGGAUGCAUUUUCAUUGUUGCAGGUGCCAAGAUGAGAUGUUCUCCCCUCCCCUCCUCUCCCCUGCUCCUUUUGUCUUGUUUUCACAACUUCUGGCAUCUGUUACAGUAUGAGAAGGUGUAAAACACACAAGGCUUUUCAAGUGUUUUUAUAUAUCGUGUGUAAAUGCUUGUUGAAGUGAUAUUUUAUUAAACAAA